ACUUUGUUUGUUUACUUCUAUGUUUGCUUUGAUGCAUUGAAGAGGGGGUGGUUGGAAGGAUGCAGAAAAAUUAUUGGUUUUGAUGGAUGUUUUCUGAAGGGUUCUUGCAAGGGAGAAUUGUUGGUUGCUGUUGGUAGAAAUGGAAAUCAACAGAUGUUUCCAAUCGCAUGGGCUGUUGUUGACACAGAGACAAAACAUAGUUGGAGGUUUUUUUCUAAAGUACUUGAUAGAAGAUCUGAACUUAGGCACAGGACAUGGACUGACUGUUAUGUCAGAUAUGCAGAAGGGCCUUGUACCAGCUUUAUGUGAGUUGCUACCAGAUAGUGAGCAGAGAAGGUGUGCUAGACAUAUCUGGUCCAACUGGCAUCAAUUAUGGAGUGGUGAAGAAAGAAGGAAACAGUUCUGGAGAUGUGCUAAGUCAAGUUUUGAAGUGAAAUUUGAAGAUGAGAUGGAUAAACUCAACAAAUUAGGUAAUAAAAUUUGUGAGGACUUGUUGCAUUAUGAAAAAACUACUUGGUGCAAAGCAUAUUUUAAAGAGCAUUCUAAGUGUGACAUUGUUGAAAAUAAUAUGUGUGAAACUUUUAAUUCUUGGAUACUAGUUGCUAGACAUAAGGCUAUCAUAACUAUGCUAGAGGAGAUUAGGCACAAGAUAAUGGACAGAAAUAUUGCAAUGAGGCAAUUUGCUGAAACUUGGAUCUCAGAUAUCUCUCCUAUGGCUAGACUAGUACUAGAAGAGAACAAAGAUCUUGCUAGAUUUUGUGAAGUUAGAUUCAAUGGUGAUAUUGGGUAUGAAAUCUUAGAUGGUCAAUACAGACAUAUUGUUGAUAUAAGAAAGAAGACAUGUACAUGUAGAACAUGGCAAUUGAGGGGCAUACCAUGUCAACAUGUUGUGCUUGCAUAUCAGCACAAAGGCAUAGAACCUGAACAUGAAGUGGUACAUUGGUAUAGGAAAGAGACUUUUUUGAAGGCUUAUAAUCAUUUUCUACAGCCAAUACCAAACAUGAAAAUGUGGCCUCACACUAGUGGUGUAGUGAUUGAACCUCCUGAACCAAAAGUCAUGCCUGGUAGGCCACCAAAGUGCAGAAGAAAGGCAAAGAAUGAGCCUAGAAAAAAGUAUGGAAAGUUAUCCAAAAGAGGAGUAAAAAUGACAUGUUCACUGUGUCAUCAAGUAGGCCACAACAAAAAAUCUUGUCCAACAUUGGCUGAAAUGGGACAACCUGGAGGCUACCCAAACAGGAAACCAAGCUUAAGCCAACCAUCACUGUCUAGCCAACCAUCAAGCUCAAGCCAGCCACCAUUGUCUAGCCAACCAUCAAGCUCAAGCCAGCCACCACUUUUUAGCCAACCAUCAAGCUCAAGUCAGCCACCACUUUUUAGUAGACCAUCAAGCUCAAGUCAGCCACCAGUAUUCAAUCAUCAAGGCAGUUCUAUGUGUUUUGAUUCUUCAGCUGUUAGAAGAGAGCAACAACCUGCUAAAAGCAGAGGCACAUGCAGAGGCACUGGGAGAGGCACUGGGAGAGGUACUGACAGAGGAACUGGUAGAGGCACUGGGAGAGGUACUGGCACUGCCAGUGAAAUUGGAAGAGGCAGUGUUUUCAACAUUGGAGGUGUAUCAAGUCAGCAACCUGAUCAACCAAGGGCUGUGGAAGCUUCAAUAUCAACAGGAAGACAAAAAAGGACCAAGACUAUAGGAUUUGGCAUCUAUACAAAUGCAAGUGGUAGUCAAACCUUUAAUCCUGGUACUUCAGGAGAAAAAGUUAUCAAUUCGAGAGUUUAUAAGGAUGCAUCUCCAACAAAUAUUGAUAUUGGUUAUAAGCCUCGAGGACUCAAGUGGAAUGGUGGAGAUGCUGUCACUGGUUCACAGUUGCAACGUAUCACUCAGUCAAGGAAAAACAAGCGUGGAACAUCUAGUUCACCAAAGAAUGCCUAAUUUAUGUAGACUAGUCACUUUUUCGUUGUGUAAUUAGCAGCAGAAAUUUGUAUUGACUGCUUUGAAACUUGGAGCUCACUAGAGCAAAUUAAUGGCAUGAAUGAUCAAUUUUUACUGCUUUUGAGGC